GGAGGUAGUGUGAGAGCAGAAAUAAUGGGAUGCUUUGUUUUCAAGGCAAAACGACAAGUGUAUGAAGAUGAAGCCAAUCUAGCAGCAGAAACUCACUUUACAGUGAAAGAAGUGAAGGCCCUCUUUCAACUUUUCAGGAAACUAAGCAGUUGUAUAAUAGAUGAUGGCUUCAUCAGCAAAGAAGAAUUCCAGAUUGGACUGUUCAGAAACAGCAGAAAACAGUCUUUCUUUACAGAUAGGGUAACUUCCAUUCUCUGCAGCCCUUUUUUUCCAGUCUUUGAUAUAUGUAUAUAUUGUUUGAGGAUUUUGGAUCAGAUGUUCAAGCUGUUCGACUCCAAGAACGAUGGACUUAUAGAAUUCGGGGAGUUUAUUCGAGCAUUAAGCGUUUUCCACCCUGAUGCUUCCCUGGAAGAGAAAGCUGAUUUUUUGUUUAAGCUAUACGACGUAUGUCAUGUUGGCUUCAUUGAACACGGAGGGGUCAAGGAAAUGGUUAUGGCACUUCUGAAUGAGUCAGAAUUGACACUUCCUGAUCAUAUUAUUGAAGCUAUUAUUAACAAGACUUUUAAGGAAGCAGACUGUAAUGGUGAUGGGAAGAUAGAUGCAGAAGAGUGGAAGGAUUUUGUAUCCACAAAUCCAUCUUUGUUGAAGAACAUGACAAUCCCAUAUUUGAAGGAUAUCACAGCUGCAUUUCCCAGCUUUGUGAUGAAACCAGAUAUGGACACAGAUGAGAUAAACGUCGCUAUCUGAGAAACCAACCGAGACAAGACAGACAACCCAUCUUCUGAUUUAUGAAACUGAAACAUGUAAUUUUUUUUUUUAUCAUAGAGACUAGACUAAACAAUUGAGAAGUUUAAAAAAACGAAAGAAAAUGACAGUCGCGGUACUGGUUCUACAUGA